AUGGACAACAAGUAUGAGAGCAUUCUGGCCUCGAAGCCAUUCAACUUCGUCGUCGGGCCUAAGAAGAAGCAAUUCACAAUGCACGAGGCUGCGAUAACAAGACUUUCCAAGACUCUUGACAAACUCUUGAAUGGGGGCAUGAAAGAGUCGCAAGAGCAUUGUGUUUGCUGGGAAGACAUCGAUGAGAAAACCUUCCUCCGCUUUGGUGAAUGGGCUUACACAGGAGAUUACAAGCCUGAAGAGCCGGAAAUCCUUCUAGACGCCUCCCAAAUUGCAAAUUCUACGCAGGAUACAAAAAUUGCAACGCCUAGCAAGACAGAGCCCGUCGCUGACUGCCUCGCUACAUUCAAUUCCACCAAAGUAAAACCCCCCUUCUCACAUUGUGGGCAGAAUGCGACUUCAACCAUCAAUGCAACCUGCAGUACUUGUCGUAACAGCUUUAUCACCCUCCGCUGUCGCGAUUCUUAUUGUAGUACAUACCAAUUCUAUCAAUGUCAGAAAUGCCGAGGCGGUGGCAUGCAGAAAAGGAAGGCAAUGGUUGAAAAAUUCAACAAUAAUUCUGCAUAUGCACCUCCUGCUACCCCCUUCGUCCCUCGCAAGAACACCGAGAGCUGUGAGGACUACAGCGGAGUCUUUCUCUCCCACGCUCGGCUCUACGUUUUGGCGGACAAGUACGAUAUUAAUGAGCUGCGCGAUCUCUCUGCGCAUAAACUCUGGGUCACAUUGAAGGAGUUUACGCUCUAUCCAGAACGCAUGGGGGACCUCGUUGGCCUGGUGAGAUACUCGUUCCAGAACACGUUGGAGAACGACAAGCUGCGUACUCUAUUGAAGGAUUUCUGCGCCUGCACUGUAGAAAAUCUAUGCGAGGGCCAAGGAUUUCUGGACAUGAUCUGCGAAACACCAGAAUUUGCGUGUGAAUUGAUCAAAGAGAUGAGCACGCGAUUGGAGUAA